UGGUUGCUGGGAAUUGUACUCAGGACCUCAGGAAGAGCAGUCAGUGCUCUUCACCGCUGAGCCAUCUCUCCAGCCCCUUGAACCUAAGUUUAAACCCUUCGCAUUCACUUUCCUGCGAUCUUGAUCCAGCUUCUUCAACUCGGCUCCAUGAAACCUCAUUUCCACAAAGAGCCUAAACUGUGCCUGGUACAACAGUCGUUCUCAUUUUACAAGAAACAGAAGUUCGAAAAUACAGAGCAACCUGUCUCACAGUCACUCAACUAGACCGUCUACAGCACCGAGACCCGGAGGAAGGAGAAGCCGCUGCUGCCAUGGCGCAGACCCUGCAGAUGGAGAUUCCAAACUUUGGCAACAGCAUCCUCGAGUGCCUCAAUGAGCAGCGACUACAGGGACUGUACUGUGACGUGUCAGUGGUGGUUAAGGGCCAUGCCUUCAAAGCCCACCGUGCUGUGCUGGCCGCCAGCAGCUCCUACUUCCGGGACCUAUUCAACAGCAGCCGCAGUGCUGUGGUAGAACUGCCGGCCGCCGUGCAGCCACAGUCAUUCCAGCAGAUCCUCACCUUUUGUUAUACGGGCCGGCUGAGCAUGAACAUGGGGGACCAGUUCCUGCUCAUCUACACAGCCGGCUUCCUGCAGAUCCAGGAGAUCAUGGAGAAAGGCACUGAGUUCUUCCUCAAAGUUAGCUCUCCAAGUUGCGACUCCCAGGGCCUGCACCCAGAGGAGGCCCCAUCCUCAGAGCCUCAGAGUCCUGUAGCGCAGACAUUGGGCUGGCCAGCCUGUAGUACACCACUGCCCCUUGUGUCACGGGUCAAGACAGAACAGGAGUUGGACUCGGUACAAUGCACACCCAUGGCCAAGAGGCUGUGGGAUAGCAGCCAGAAGGAGGCUGGAGGCAGUGGUGGCAGCAAUGGCAGCCGCAAAAUGGCCAAGUUCUCGACGCCAGACCUGGCCCCUAACCGGAUGCCCCAACCAGUCUCAGUGGCCACGGCUACAGCAGCAGUGGCUGUGGUUGCCGUGGGGGGAUGUGUGAGUGGGCCCAGCAUGUCAGAGCGGACCAGUCCAGGUACCUCCAGUGCUUACACCAGUGACAGCCCCAGCUCCUACCACAAUGAAGAGGACGAAGAAGAAGAUGCGGGUGAGGAAGGCACAGAUGAGCAGUACCGUCAGAUCUGCAACAUGUACACAAUGUACAGUAUGUUGAACGUGGGCCAGACAGCUGAGAAGGUAGAGGCCCUUCCUGAGCAGGUGGUCCUUGAGUCCCGUAGUCGCAUUCGAGUGAGGCAAGACCUGGCAUCUCUCCCAGCUGAACUUAUCAACCAGAUUGGCAAUCGCUGCCACCCAAAGCUCUACGAUGAAGGUGACCCCUCUGAGAAGCUGGAGCUCGUAACAGGCACCAAUGUAUACAUCACAAGGGCACAACUCAUGAACUGCCACGUCAGUGCAGGCACACGGCACAAGGUCUUGCUACGGCGGCUCCUGGCUUCCUUCUUUGACCGGAACACACUGGCCAACAGCUGUGGCACCGGCAUCCGUUCUUCCACCAAUGACCCCAGACGCAAGCCACUGGACAGUCGGGUCCUCCAUGCUGUCAAGUACUACUGCCAGAACUUCGCACCCAACUUCAAGGAGAGCGAGAUGAAUGCCAUUGCGGCCGACAUGUGCACCAAUGCCCGCCGAGUGGUACGUAAAAGCUGGCUGCCCAAGACCAAGCCAUUGCACCUGGUGGAGGGUGAUAACUACAGCAGCUUCAUCAGCGACACUGGCAAGAUAGAACCGGACAUGAUGAGCAUGGAACACAGCUUCGAGACAGCCAGCCACGAUGGCGAGGCUGGCCCUUCAGCUGAGGUUCUCCAGUAACAUAAUGUGACACCCCCUUACCGGAUGUCACACUCCCCCUCCUAUCACACCCCCACCUACCACCUACCUGGUCACGAUCUACUGUCUGUCCCUCCCCAGGACCUGUGAGGGGUGCUCCAUGCCCUCUAUCCGGAUGCAAGAGCUGGCUGACCAAGGCCAAGCCAGUGUACCUAGCAGAGGGUAGUGCCUACAGCAGCUUUCUCAAUGACCAUGAGGAAGGGCAGAACUUGAUAGGUAUAGAAUACAGCUUCCACACAGACAGCCCCCUCAGCGGAGGUCCUCCAGUACCUGCCCAGGACCCUCCCAUGGAUGUCACACUCCCCUCCUGUCACACACAUACCCCCACCACCUUAGUCACGAGCUACUGUCUGUCCCUCCCCAGAACCCGCAGGGGUGCUGCAUGCUCCCAGCCCCUCUGCCUCCCCGUCAUCCCACACCUUUUCCCCAAAGCAAGCUGGGCUGGGUCAAGAGAGGACAGGCAUCAGGUGGGAUCUGUGACCUUCCUCCACACUCAUGGGGAGCCCUGGCUCCCCUUCCUCUUAGGCAUUUCCCAGCACCAGGCCCGGCUAGGGGAUGGGCAGGACUCAGGAAGAGCCUGCCCUUCACUUGGCUGCUUGGGACUCCACGGGCCCAGGGGUUCUCUGGACCCCUCCCACCGUCCCCCAGUGCUUCCACGUCUCCAAAAGCGCCUUCCUGUCCCUCUUGUCUGUCCCUGCACCUUGGGGCUGGGGUAGGUGAGGCCAAGAGGGACUGUCUAUUUUACAAACUGAGGAAACAAGCCCAAAAGGCUUAGAGAAACUCCAGAACUGACCCUCUGUGACAGCCUCCAUCACACCCCUCCUAGUCCCACCCUGCUCUGCCUCUGUGGGUCCCCCUCAGCCCAAGAGGUCAUUCCAAGAGAGCAGUGCUCCUGUGGGCAGGCAAGGGUCUCAGGACAGGUUUCCAGUCUGGCAGAAUUGUGGGUGUGCGUGCGUGUGUGCGUGCGUGCCUGCGUAGAGUGUUUGCUUUUAAAAACAUGAAGAUCAAGAGGCAGCAAGACCAGGGUCGGAACCAGGGAGCAGGCUGGGAGACUGCUGUGCCCUUCUCCCAUCCGACCCUGGGCAGGGCUCCCAGCCCCCACCCCUGUACAUAACUUUUUGAAACAUUUUUUUAGCGAAUGAAAUAUUGAAGUAUAAGAUUUCCUUUUAUUUUUCAAAUCAAUGGGAAUGUGUCUAAGGUUCCCUGGGUCCCUGGGCUGUGGAAGGCAGGAUGCAGGGAAAACUGAAUGUGUGUGUGUAGAAUGUGGGUGCAUGUUUCCACAGGGGCCCAGUCCCAGUGCCCUAGGACUCCUGUGGAUCCAACCAGCUUCCUCUCCCCCGGGACUAGUUGAGGGUGUUCACAGGUCCCAGUGCGCUGAGCCCCCUCCUGGGGGAUGAGGUAGGCAGGGCCGCAUCCACUGGAGCUUGUGGAGCUUUCUGUGGCCGCACUCCUUUCCACUCUCGCUCGCUCUCCAGGAGCAGUCUUGUGGGUGUGAGUUUGACAUGUGAGCACAGGGUUUCUGUUACUCCCUCCAUUGACGUCCUUUCACCAUCUCACUGGUUCUGUUCUCGCCCUGACCUCCCUCCCUCUCCCCAACUCUGCAUUCUAGCUGCCUUUUCAGAGGCAGGGGAUGCAGGAUUGGAGAAGGUGGGAUGGAGCCUUUUGAGUCAGAUCUGGAGACCUGUCUCCAGGCCAGCAGCACCUCUAAUCUGCCAUGAUCCCUUGUAACAUCUGAUGGUGAGGGUGGGGUGUUAGGUCUAACUUGGCCCCCAGUACCUUAGCACUGGGUGGCCAAGUUGGGGGGGGGGGAGUAGACAUCCCUAGCUAAAGCACAAGCACCUUAGUCCUACCCCUCCCUCCACCCUGCCCUGGCCUGUUAUCCCACCUCCCCCAGCGAAGAUCCCAAAGCACAAUCUCCUGAGAACUUGGCAAGCAGCUGAGCCUGGCCGUAUGAGGGCGGGCAACGCUCCCUGCCCAGGCUUAGUGAGGGGCGGCUCCAUGGGACUGAGAGGUCUUGUAGAGUGGGCAGCAGAGCCCAUUGGUUCCAAGCACCUCAGGAGGUGGCCCUGACUCCCGGGGCUUGGGGUGAGGGGAGUAUAAAGCCAGGGGUGCAGGGGAGAAAACUACUCACUAGGAGAGCCAAAGACAGGGUUGUGCCUUACCUCAGGAGCCACCCCUGCGCCCCUCCUCUGGCAGUCAGCUGCUUGCCCUGCCCUCCUGAGAACUGCAUGGUCCCCACCCCAAGCACCCAGGAGGGUGAAAGAGUAACCCACUUAACAGGAAAGACAAGUAGGGGCAAACCCAGUGGCUACCCUCCACCCAUCCAUGCCUCUCAUGGGGACAGGCCAUCACCCACUGACCCAUGUGAAGUGCCAAUGCCCUCCCCACCCAGAGCCAAGCCCCCACCCUUCCCAGGCCCACAAGUGAGAUUGCACAUUAACUACUGUACGGAGAGGAGCGGUGUUGGGAAAUGUGAACCCUGAGAGUCAGUGAUGCUGAUAAGAAUAAACAAGACGCCUUUGUAACA